CGACAUGACACGAUUAUUUAGUAUACUGUAACCUACACUGGCUUUGCAAGCGCCUGUUUACCAUGAUGGCAGUUAUUGCAGUUGGCAUUGCUUUGUCGUGUUUUAAGCUUCUUUUAAUAAAUUCUUACAAAUCUACAGAUUUUGAUGUGCAUAGGAACUGGUUGGCCAUUACUCAUUCACUUCCUGUCCGAAAGUGGUAUUAUGAAGAAACAUCACAAUGGACACUAGACUAUCCUCCAUUCUUUGCAUGGUUUGAAUGUGCUCUGUCACAGUUAGCAGCAUUCUUUGAUCCUGCAAUGCUGAAGGUUGAAAACGUGGACUACCGCAGUUCUGCUACAAUCCUGUUUCAGCAACUGACAGUGAUUGUGUCAGAUGUGAUGCUAAUAUAUGCAGUUUAUGAGUUGUAUGCAUUCUACCAGAAAACACAGCCCAAGGUCACGGAGCAUGAAGAUUUCUUUCGCAAUCCUGUACUUGUGCAAUGUACAUUACUUCUAACGAAUUUUGGCUUGUUGAUCAUUGACCAUAUACACUUCCAGUACAAUGGAUUUCUCUACGGUACUUUACUGUUGUCGAUUGUGAGGAUAUAUCAGGGCAGGCACAUGUCUGCAGCAUUCUGGUUUGCAGCUCUCCUGAACUUCAAGCAUUUAUAUCUGUAUGUGGCCCCAGCAUACUUUGUUUACCUCUUGAGAUGUUAUGUAUUCCAAAGCAAAGAUGACGGUUCUUUGAAUUGGAGGUCGUUUUCCAUUCUCCGACUUAUUGGUCUGGGCUCAAUUGUUUUGUUUGUUUUCGGAAUAUCACUUGGACCAUUUGUGAUACUGAACCAGCUUGAACAGUUGAAGACAAGAUUAUUCCCCUUCAAACGUGGGCUCUGCCAUGCAUAUUGGGCACCUAACUUCUGGGCUUUAUACAAUGUGGCUGACAAAGCUGCCACUGUUGUUGGAACCAAACUAGGCCUGGUAUCCAUCGGUAAUCAUACAGCAUCUAUGACUGGUGGACUGGUCCAAGAAUUUAAGCAUGCUGUGCUUCCUUCUGUCACACCACUUGUUACUCUGGUGUUGACUGCCUUCUCCAUAUUGCCAUGCCUGUACCUGCUGUGGUCCGGUCCCAAGGGACCACAGAGUUUUGUCAGAGCCCUGGUCCUCUGUGGAUUCGGAUCCUUCAUGUUUGGAUGGCAUGUCCAUGAGAAAGCCAUACUAAUGAUGAUCAUUCCACUAUGUUUACUGGUGCAGGAAAGAAAGCGGGAUGCCAGUGUGUUGCUGUUGAUGUCCACUAUUGGACAUUAUUCAUUGUUUCCUUUGCUGUUUACACAGUUUGAAACUCCCAUAAAAGUAUGCCUGAUGCUAUUAACAACAGUUUAUGCCUUUUCAAGUAUUGCGAAUGUUUAUAAAGACAAAGGGACAUCAUCCUCUUUGCCCCUGCUCUCUACUGUGGAGUCAGUUUAUCUCCUGGGUAUUCUCCCUUUGGAGUUAUAUAACAGUGUUGGGCACACACUUUUGGGCCUCACAGAUAAGUUACCUUUCCUGCCGCUGAUGAUGACUUCAGUGUAUUGUGCAAUAGGUGUUACAUACGCAUGGCUUAAAUUCUACUGGAUCUCGUAUAAAGAUGUUCCCAAGUUGGAGAAACAUGACUAAUACAGUCUGUGUGGAACCCUUAUGUAUACCAUUUGGUGUGGGCUAUUGUGGUAGUGCUGGAUGAAAUGAAUAUGUAACCUUUUGAUAUGGAACUGGUGAAUCAAUAUAGACACUUUUGCUGCCAUAUGAGGCUGUGGUAACUCGUGUUGAAACUGUGUUAAUUUGCUGAAAAAUGUGUGAAAUUUUUACUUUAUAUCAAGCUGUUGUUGUAAAGAUAAAUACUCUGUUGCAAUUAAGGGCCGUGACGAGUAUGCACUUGCAUAUAUGUUGAAUGUGUUCACUUUUUCAUAUAACUAAUGAAGACAAUUAUGAAGCCAGCUAUUUUUGCACAACAUGCAAUCAACCAUUCCAUUCAUGAACUAAGCAUGUUAUUAAACGGGAACAUUGUUUAUUCAAUAUAGAUUUUGACGCUUUUUGUGAUGCCAUAUUUAACAUUUUGAACUGAUACGGAAAUACAAGUACUUACAUGAAUAAAAAAAAUAAUUAAAAAUCUUACUUUCAUUCUAAAAGUUGGAACUAUUUCUAUUUGAACUGUACCAUCAUACCAUCGUGAUCACAAUAUAAAAAGAAGGUCCCUGUGUUUUGAUAAUUGAAAAUUAGAAAAUUGCUAGUGUUUAUAUGUUAAGCAAAGAGUGUUAUUAUUUGUAUUCAAUAACAACUCUAUAACGUUAGAAUGCAAUUAUUGUUUUGUGUUAUAUACACUGGUCGUGGAAUAUGGUGUAUACACUGGUUGUGGAAUAUGGUGUAUACACUGGUCGUGGAAUAUGGUGUAUACAAAUGAAAGGACAUAAUAAGUAUUGACAGAAUACUUAAAUUUUACAGAGUAAUUAUUGUACGGCACAUAGUGAAAGACUACAUUAUAUUGCGCAUUCAAAUAUUAAUAAACCUAGUGUUUGA